AUGUUCGAUACACAAUUUCGUCUUUCACCCGAACUAUUGGGUAAUGGUACAACAUCUGAUGAUUCAUCAUCAAAUGGACCGUGGCCACAAAUGUCACUUGAUCGUCUUCUUGAACAUCAUGAUAUAACACCGGCUCAACCAAUAUCAAUUAAUGAUACAACAAAUAAUGAUUUUUGGUCAUCAUCAGCACAAUUUAAAGAAUUUUUUAAUAAUUAUCAUCGACAAGCUCAACAACAAAAUCAACCAAUUGAUAUAUCAUCUUUACUUUCAUCAUCGCCAUCACCACCACCUCCAUUACAGCAACAACAACAUCAACAACAUCAAUCACAACAACAACAUUUUCAAUUACCUCUUGUUGAUAAUCAUAUAUUUGAACCUCAACCUGAUCCACAACCUUUAUUUUUUGGACAAUAUUCAUCUGAUAAUAAUCCAAUGUCUUAUAGACGAGAUUCAAUUCAUUAUCAACAGCAACCGCAACCAUAUACAAAUCGUUCACGACAAACAAAUUUUCAACGACAACAACAACAUCAAUAUAAUCGAACUGCACCGCCAGUUCUUCAAAUACCUAAUGAAGAUCAUUAUCAACAACAGCAACCACACCAACAACAAGCAAUUGGUCCACCACGUUUUAAACAAAAUCCACCUCCGGCUUAUGUUGCUUGUUUAAAUCAUGGCAUUAAUUAUAAUGGUGUAUCUGGUCCACCUAUACUUUUACCACCAUCAUUUUAA